GCACAGUAUAUGACCAAUACACCGGCAACAGUUCAAGUACAGGAGUAGCGGCAUCGGAGAAACCGGUGGUGACGAACUCUUCUGCUGGCGUCGUUAUCCGGUCCACCAACCUGACCUGACUUGUCAUCCAUCUCUACCCGGAGCCGGAGGAUCAGCGGCGGCGGCGGCGAUGGAAGUGGAACACAGGGCAUACGCGCGCGUGGGUCUCCUCGGCAACCCCAGCGACGUGUACGGCGGCCGCGCCGUCUCCUUCGCCGUCGCCGGCCUCUGGGCGACCGUCCGCCUCCGCCCCUCCGAGGAGCUCCUCAUCCAGCCCCACCCGCGCCAUGACCUCGUCGCCUUCCCCUGCCUCUCCGCACUCGUGGAGCGUCUGGACGGGGGAGGGUACUACGGCGGCGUGCGGCUGCUGCUGGCCAUCUGCAAAAUCUUCCACAGCCACUGCAAGCACAACGGCAUCGCCCUGGAGGACAAGAACUUCACUCUGUCCUAUGACACCAACAUUCCUCGCCAGGCCGGGCUCUCCGGCUCGAGCGCCAUCGUGUGCGCGGCGCUGAGCUGCCUCCUCGAUUUCUACAAUGUCAGGGACAAGAUCAGGGUCGAGGUCCGGCCUAACCUCAUCCUCGACGCGGAGAAGGAGCUCGGGAUCGUCGCCGGGCUCCAGGACCGGGUCGCGCAGGUCUACUGUGGCCUUGUUUACAUGGAUUUUAGCCAAGAGCAUAUGGAUAAGCUGGGUCACGGCAUAUACACACCGCUAGACGUCAAUCUACUCCCCCCUCUCUAUCUUAUCUAUGCUGAGAACCCAAGCGACUCUGGCAAGGUCCACAGCAGUGUCAGGCAAAGAUGGCUUGAUGGCGACGAGUUCAUAAUAUCAUCCAUGAAGGAAGUCGCGCAUCUAGCCUAUGACGGCCACAAUGCGUUGUUGCAGAAGAAUUACACUGAACUCGCGAGGCUUAUGAACAGAAACUUUGAUCUGAGAAGGCAAAUGUUUGGAGACGACGUGCUUGGAGCGGUGAAUAUAAAGAUGGUCGAAGUAGCGAGGAGUGUUGGCGCUGCAUCGAAGUUCACCGGCAGCGGAGGUGCAGUGGUUGCGUUUUGCCCGGAUGGGGACGCACAGGCGGAGCUCCUGAAGAAGGCGUGCGAGGAGGCUGGCUUCGUCGUGGAGCCGAUCGAAGUCGCCCCGUCGGUGCUGACAGAGGAGGAGGUUGCAAGCUUGUACAAGUCACCGGUAGACAAAAGGAUAUCAUAAGCAAACUCUUGCUAUAAAGCAUAGCAAAUAUCCAAUUUGUUGAAAUCACUCGCAGUCACAGGAGUUGUGUCAUGUGAACGAUAUUCUGAGAGUGAGAAGUGCUGUUUGAUAAUUGAUAUAUUUUUCAUGCGGUGCAAGUGUAACAUUGUUCUUUUACAGGAAAAAAUAAAUAUAUACUAGCAAAGCUUCGUUUUUUU